AAAUAUCAUUAUAAAAACGGUUGGUAUAAAUUGUGUGUAUAUAUAUACACACAACUUAUGGGAACUUGUUUUCAUUCGGUUUUCUGGUUUUGGUCAAAAGGAGCUCCAUUGUGAGGUCAUUUUUCGAUGUCUCUUGGGAAGAGAUGGGCCGCCAUAACUAUUUUCAUCCUCUUCUUUGUUAUCAGCUUCGUCUAUUGGAUUGACAACUCUGCCUUAACAGGUAACUACUUCUUUAGGACAUUUGUAAAUACAUUAAGUCCUAAAAAGUCCUCGGCCCAAGUUGAGUUCCCAUUCAAAUUAAAUUGCUCCAAUACGAACUUAACAUGUCCAACCAAUCACCCGGUGACAAUUGAGAAAGUGGAAUCAUCCCCUGUGGCAUGUCCAGAGUACAUGCGGUGGAUUCACGAAGACCUACGGCCAUGGAAGAGUGCCGGAAUCACGAGGGACAUGGUGGAAAGGGGAAGAGAUUAUGCAACUUUUAGACUAGUGAUUGUAAAGGGAAAGGCUUAUGUUGAGCAAAUUAGGGGGACAUUUCAAACUAGGGAUAUCUUUUCAAUAUGGGGAAUUUUGCAGCUUCUGAGGUUGUACCCUGGGAAGGUACCAGAUUUGGAGUUGAUGUUUGUCUGUGGGGACGAAACCGUGGUUAAAAAACGUGACCACCAAGGGCUUAAAGCCACGUCGGCGCCACCGGUGUUCAAUUAUUGUGAGGAUGAUGAAACACUAGACAUUGUCUUCCCUGAUUGGUCCUUCUGGGGUUGGCCUGAGGUCGAUAUAAAGCCAUGGGGGAGAACGUUGGAGGCCCUAAAAGAAGGCAAUAAAAAGAUCAAAUGGAAAGAUAGAAAACCCUAUGCUUUCUGGAAAGGGAAUCCAUAUGUGUCUCAAAAAAGAGGAGAGCUUAUGAAGUGCAAUCGCUCUAACAAAAAUGAUUGGAAUGUUCGUUUAUAUAUCCAGGAUUGGGGAAAAGAAUCUAGACAUGGAUUCAAGAACUCAAAACUAGAAGACCAAUGCACCCAUAGAUAUAAAAUUUACAUAGAAGGAAAGACAUGGUCAGUGAGUGAAAAGUACAUUCUAGCUUGCAACUCCAUGACCUUGCUAUUGAUACCUCAGUACCAUGACUUUUUCACAAGAAGCUUGGUGCCCAUGCAACACUACUGGCCCAUCAAAAUAAGUAAUAAUACAUGCAGAGAUCUUAAGCUUGCUGUGGAAUGGGGCAACAAUCACACCGACAAAGCACAGGAAAUUGGAGAGGCAGGAAGCAAAUUCAUUCAAGAGAAACUUAAAAUGGACUUUGUUUACGACUACAUGUUUCACUUGUUAAGUGAAUACUCAAAGCUCUUGAAAUUUGAACCAACAAUUCCUGUAGGAGCGCAUGAGGUCUGUUCAGAAACAAUGGCAUGUCAAGAGGGUAAUAAAUUUUGGAGAAUUAAGAAUUUCAUGGUGGAGUCCACGGUGAAAUCCCCUAGGAAUACACUUCCAUGCACAAUGCCUCCUCCUUUAUGAUCUUCCAAGUUCCAGCUAUUGAUGCCAUUUCUCGAAGAAAAUAAAAUAUAAUGAAAGAAGUGAAUAUGUGGGGGAAUGAAUAUUAGGAGAAACUAGUUAGUUGAAAAUUUGAAAUACAAUAAAGGCCUCUGUUGUUUGUAUGCA